AGUCUGAUUGGUCAACAGUACAGCGUUGGAGCGGGAGAUUCUGGCGGAGCAUCAGCGUUCACUCCAAGGUCCGCGACGCCGGGGUCCUCAUUUGGGGGAGGCGGAGGCAGACCGUCCAACCAACAAGUAGUAGAUCUCUGAACCCAUCGCAGACAACAUCACAAACGGACAGACACGCACUAUGCCUCCGUACCCACAACGAUAUACUUCUCCACAGCCAGUCGAUCGGACUGGCAGACCAUCAUCGCCAACGAAACGCAGUGGUCCGCAAAAGUAUUCUGCGCCUGAUCAGCGUGAGCGGUGGGCCAGCAUUAGCCAGAUGCAGAACCCCAUUCAACAGCAGGGCCCAAUGCCGCCGCAACUUGAUGCUCGGUAUUCUGGCAAUGCCGAUCAACAAUACCCACCUUACGGACACGAACGAGGAGCAGGAGGAUACUCUGCGGACGAGAUGCCUCAUGACGUUCAGUUUGAUCCUGGCCAUGGAUUCCGAGACAUGCCCUACGGCGGAUACGACCAGGGCUUUGGCAAUGCGGCUCACGGUCAGAUGCCUUCGGGCAGCAUGAGCCCGCGUAGCCUUAUGCAGUACCACCAGCAACAACAGCAGCGAAUUCAGCAACAACAGCAUUACCGACAAUCUCAGCAACAACCGCCUCUGUCCUCUCAGCACCUACAAGGGUCCCAAUCUGUGCCAAUGCCGGCCACCAACCUCGGAUCGGGGCUGAUGAGCAACUCUGGCCAGCCGGCAGAAGAGAUUACCACCAUUUUCAUUGUCGGAUUCCCUGACGAUAUGACCGAGCGGGAGUUCUCAAAUAUGUUCCUGUUUGCACGAGGCUUCGAGGCGUCAACAUUAAAGGUCCCUGGCGGAGGUCCAUUGCCCACGCCGGGCGGCGAUGGCAGUCGGAGUGUAGGUAGGGGCGAUGGCAGCGGAGGACCGGGUGGGCCCUAUCAGGCCGUCAUGCCUGGCGCGAAUCACUUCGACCUGGCGUCCAAUGGCGGCUGGGACGAGCACAGCCUGAACAUGGCUUUGGGGCGACAGACGAAUGAUUCAAGCUUCGGUAUGAACGCUCUCAAUCUGGGCGACAACGGCGGCCGGGGUGGUCCCUCAAAUGUAGCAGGCGCUGGCAAGAUCAAACAGAUCAUUGGAUUUGCCAAGUUCCGGAGCAGGGGAGAAGCGCUCGAAGCUCGCGAUGCGCUCAAUGGCAAGAAGAUCGACAGCGAGAGGGGCUGCGUCCUCAAGACGGAGAUGGCUAAGAAAAAUUUGCACACCAAGCAAAGGCCCGUGCUGUCUGGCAUUGGGCAAGGCCCGCCUGGUUCUGGAGAUGGCGGAAACGCUUCGUAUGGUGUAGAAGGUCCCCGCUCAGCCGGAGCAAGCGUUUCUUCUGCCUAUCCUUCCUCAUUCGCCUCCAACGGCGGACCAGGGUCCUUUGACGCAUUUGCCCGAGCAGGCGGCCCACCUUCCUCAACAUUGUCCGCGCUGAGCGGAAUGAUCUCACCUCAGGGUCAGAACGACCCUUUUGGAGCGGAUUUCCUCAGGGGCACAGGGACAGGCAGUGGGAUGAGUGCGAAUGCUAGGUCUGGCAGUAGCGGCGACAGCAGCAGCACGGGUCCGAAAGGCAGCGGAGGAGAAGGUGCGAAGUGGUCUUCCAUGGGACCUCUUGACUACUUCGGUCCUCCCGCUGAAGUAGAGUCGCAGCCUCAAGGUAUGCAAGCUACUCGCCAAAGGCAGGCUACUCUCGAAUCGAAGGCCGGUGGUUCGCCUGCCGUCACCAUUCGACCCCACUCCCAAUCCCAAUCCUCGGUCAACCCUGGCCUCGGAAGCGGAAGUUCCGCGCCUCGCGGACCGGACUGGAGCGCAAUUGGAUCUCCUCCCAGCGCGGGUGGUGGAGGCCUGUUCGCGAGCGCGCGACCUUUUGCAAGCAGCAAAGACAGGCCAAGCGUCUCAUCCACGGCGGCUCCAUUCGUGCCUCAGACGACCUCUGCCUCUUCAGCAAAGAAGCCACAAUCCGAGGAGGAUUUUGGCCAGGGGGAGUCGACGAUGAGCUCGACGACGAAGGAGAGCGAACGGGAGGGUGAUAGCACUAGCAGCAAAGUAACAUCUCCUAGUGACAUGCCCACUCUCGCUCCUUCUUCUACCUCUCGAUCUCCUCGAGGACCUGGCAAUGCUUCGUCUGCCUUUGCUGCUCGAUUUGGAAGCCUGCGUCUCGACUCCCCGAACACUAUCACAAACCCAUCUUCACCACCCAGAACGGAAGACUGCAAUGACGGUGCUCAAAGCUCUUCCCCCAAACAGGUCGAAGAACAGUCCACUCGGUCCACUGUCGCGCCUGAUGCAUCAACUACCACGUCACCUACCUCGAGGGCCUCAAAGUCACCUACGAUGCCCGAUCUGCCUACCUCACCCACAUCCCGUUCAUUCUCAAUUGAUCAAAACCCACCCGGCAAUACUCUCUUCGUCGGCAAUCUCCCUGCUAGUGUCACCCCGUCUCUGUCUGCCUCCUUGGAGAAGCAGCUCCGCAUCCGCUUCAGCUCACGCCUAGGCUAUCGUCAGCUUUCGUAUCGACUCAAGAACAACGGCCCUAUGUGCUUUGUAGAGUUCGACACCGUGCAGAACGCUGCGCGGGCCUUGAGCGAAGUCAACGGCGACACGAUGGAUGGCAUGGUCAAGAACGGGGGCUUGAGGCUGAGCUUCAGCAAAAAUCCUCUGUUCAGAAAGGACAGUCACAGCACGGGGUCGUCGUCGACAAACAGUACAUCGCCUCAUUCGCCUGCCGAACAGACGCCGAUCGGACAGGGGCUGUCCAGUCUUGGGAAAGCGGGGGAGAGUCUUGUGAGUGCUGCGACGUCCUGACGCUGGAGGGUCACCAAUCAAGAAAUUCGCGGGCGCUGAAUUGGAGAUGUCUUCCUCAUGGGCUCCCUCAGCGCGAUGAUCCCCUGGAUUCUGCAAACAAUCUCGAAGACCUGUCCUACUCUCAAGGCUUCU